AUGACUCCGCCUGGCCAAUGCUCGGACGAGCCAGUCCAACGACUCGCCGGACGGCCGUGCCCAAGAGCCGCUCGGACAAACCCGUGCAAGGGCUCAUCAGACAGGCCGGUUCAACCGGUUAGUCUAGACAGUGUGACAUACUCGCGCUUGGCCUACGACCGCUUGCCAAUCGCGGUUGACCGGGUCUUCAACAAGGCGCUUGCGCUUCUGCACCUCAGACAACGACGAUCUGCGGAGCGGCCGUGGGCUCUCCGAUCUAGCUUGGAGGACAACCGGCUCAAACACCCCUUCCCAUCCGAGCUCGCCGACGAUCUUGAUCCAACGCUCCUGUCUCAACUGUCGCUCUCCCCGGCUAUAGGACCCGCAGAGCCAUUGGACCCCCCUGCGAUCUUCGUCACCGUUGAGUGCCCGGAAAGCGCGGCCUCCUGGCAGAUCCGGCCGGACCUGUUUGGUCUGAUGUCUCAUUCCGAGGACGGGUUGAGCGAGUCGACCUCCUUGUCGAGUUCGCAAGAGCCUCCCACAAUGCCUGUGAUUUCCCAUACAGCCCCCCUUAUUCAAUGGAGUUGUAAGUUGAGGAAGAUUAUGGGAGCUGAGAUGGACCAGUCAUGCCGAAUGUGGCUAUCUCAAUUAGGAUGCUCGGUGGCCAGUUAUAGGGGAUAUGUAACUUCCUCAUAA